CAAAACGCCCCGCUUCUCCGAUUCUGCCCUCUUUUUUUUUAUUAAAUUGUCCAGCAGCCACUUCGACCAAUUCCUCUACAUCUUUUGAUUCUUGCCAUCUUGCCUCUGCGCACACAUCCUAUAUCCAUUGAAUCGCCAUGCCUCACGCCGACUCCUCCUUUUUCAUGCCAGGUAGCUCCAAGGCCGACAUAUACGAACAGCUCCUGCUGUCAACACAAGGUCUCCUAGACGGCCAGCGGAAUUGGGUUAGCAACCUCUCCAACGUCGCUUCCCUCCUUUGGCACGCCUACGCCUCCCUCCCCGCCCCCUCCUCAUCCGUCAACUGGGCCGGAUUCUACAUCCGCGAUGACAAAUUCCCGGUUCUCGCUUCACCGGUCUCCUCGCCGCCAUUGCCUGGUGCGCCCAGUUCCGGUGGUGUGAUUAUCUCAACUACGUACUCUUCCUCAGAAAACCAGCUUCUUCUCCUCGGGCCGUUCCAAGGAAAGCCCGCGUGCCAGGAGAUUCGGUUCGGCAAGGGCGUUUGCGGCACUGCUGCCGCGAAGCAGGAGACUGUUAUUGUUCCUGAUGUUCUGACCUUCCCUGGGCACAUUGCAUGCGACGCAGAGAGCCGCAGUGAGAUUGUUGUGCCUAUCUUGGUUAAUGGAGAGACUGUUGCUAUUAUUGACAUCGACUGCACCGAGCCCUCUGGAUUUGACGAUGAAGACAAAAAGUACCUUGAGAAAUUGGCCACUUUUCUGGCCGAACACUGCGAUUGGUAAAAGCAAACAUAAUAUUUUUUUAUAAUGGUUACGAAAGACACGG